CAGAACUCUUUGCUAGUAAACCAAAAUGGAAGCGUCCUAAAGGCUGCAAGUCCGGGGUGGUUUCAGGGAUAAAGGCUUAAAAACGUUUUACUUCUCACCAAUGCUUUAUUCUCAACUUUGACUUAAUAAUUGUCAUCAUGUUCGUUAUGUGGGUUGAAUAGCUGUAACAACGAUGCUCGUUUGCUUGGUGAAACGGUGGUGUGAGUCCCCACUGACAGUAUCUAGAUAUAGUGUAUUGUUUAGAAUGUACAGAAGAAAAACUCUAAAUUAUAGUUUGAGUUAUUCGGUGUUAAAACAUCGCUGGACAAAGAGGCUGCCUGAUCUUUCCAACACAUUCAAGUUGCCGUCUUCGAACCUCAGCACACAAACUGACAAGGAAGUCAUUGACUUGUCCAAGUUUCCUGUGGAUAGAGUAAGGAACUUCUGCAUCAUUGCUCACAUUGACCAUGGCAAAAGCACUUUGGCGGACAGGUUGUUAGAGAUGACGGGUGCCAUAGCAAAGACAGACAAGAACAAACAGGUGCUGGACAAGCUACAAGUGGAGCGAGAGAGAGGCAUAACAGUGAAGGCUCAGACAGCCUCUUUGUUUUACACACAUCAGAACCAGCAGCACCUCCUGAACCUCAUCGACACACCGGGUCACGUUGACUUCAGCUACGAAGUGUCUCGAUCCAUUUCUGCAUGUCAGGGUGUCCUGCUGAUUGUGGACGCCAAUCAGGGGAUUCAAGCGCAGACAGUGGCCAACUUCUACCUGGCUUUUGAAGCCCAGCUCACGAUCAUCCCUGUCAUCAACAAGAUUGACUUGAAAAAUGCGGAUCCAGAGAGGGUAGAGUCCCAGAUUGAAAAGGUGUUUGAUAUCCCUUGUGAGGAUUGCAUCAGGAUAUCUGCCAAACUUGGCACAAAUGUGGAAAAAGUUCUCCAAGCAGUUGUGGAGAGAAUCCCACCGCCUGUGGCAAACCUCGAUGACCCUUUCAAAGCGCUGGUGUUUGACUCCAAUUUUGACCACUACAGAGGAGUGGUGGCAAACAUUGCCGUGUUUGGGGGUCAGGUGAAAAAAGGGGACAAGAUCAUGUCAGCACAUCUCGGCAAAGCCUACGAGGUCAACGAGCUGGGGCUCCUUCGCCCAGAAGAGCAUCCGACUCAGAAUCUACACGCUGGCCAAGUCGGUUACCUCGUAGCCGGGAUGAAGGACGUGAAAGAGGCUCAGAUUGGAGAUACCCUCUACCUCCAAGAUCAGCCAGGGGAACCUCUGCCUGGGUUCAAACCAGCCAAAGCGAUGGUCUUUGCAGGUAUGUAUCCAGUGGACCAAUCAGAUUACACCGGCCUUCGCAGCGCUAUUGACAGACUGACUCUAAAUGACUCAAGUGUCAGUGUUCAGAGAGACAGCAGUCUGGCGCUGGGAGCUGGCUGGAGACUGGGUUUUCUAGGACUCCUUCACAUGGAGGUGUUCAAUCAGAGGCUGGAGCAGGAAUACAAUGCAUCUGUAAUUGUAACUGCACCCACGGUGCCUUACAAAGCCAUCCUGUCGUCCCCUAAGCUUAUCAAGGAACAUGGGAGGAAGGAGAUCACCGUGGUGAACCCAGCUCAGUUCCCAGAAAGAUCCGUCGUGUCUGAGUAUUUGGAGCCUAUGGUCUUGGGCACCAUUCUUGCCCCUGACACAUACACUGGCAGGAUUAUAGCUCUCUGCUUGAACCGUAGAGGCACCCAGAAGAACAUGCUGUAUGUGGAUGACCAUCGUGUGAUGAUGAAGUAUCUCUUCCCUCUAAAUGAAAUUGUUGUGGAUUUCUACGACCUCCUCAAGUCUAUGUCGUCUGGAUAUGCCAGCUUUGAUUAUGAGAAUGCAGGCUACCAGGCUGCUGAUCUCAUCAAGAUGGAUAUCCUACUGAAUGGACGCCCAGUUGAAGAACUCACAACAAUUGUACACAGAGAACGUGCGUACAGCACUGGAAAAUCCAUGUGUGAACGACUCAAAGAUUCCAUUCCCAGGCAGAUGUUUGAGAUUGCCGUCCAAGCAGCUAUCGGAAGUAAAAUCCUUGCAAGAGAGACAAUAAAAGCUUACAAAAAAAAUGUACUCGCAAAAUGCUAUGGAGGUGACAUAACUCGCAAGAUGAAGCUCCUGAAGAGACAAGCUGAAGGCAAGAAGAAGAUGAGGCGUAUCGGCAAUGUGGACGUACCCAAAGAUGUUUUUAUUAAUGUUCUGAAGAGGAAAGAAAAAUAAAACUGUACAUAUACUAA